AUGGAUUCAAGGAAGUCGAACAAGAUUAGGGAGAUAGUGAGACUUCAACAAAUCCUCAAGAAGUGGAAGAAGCUUGCCAAUAACAACAAGACGAGCUCCCUGUCGGGGCCCACCUCUGUUACUUUAGGCAAUGGUGGGAGUAAGAGCAUAAAGUUUCUAAAGAAAACACUUUCCUUCACGGAAAGCUCGAUUUCUUCUUCUUCAUCAUCAUCGUCAACCACCGACCAGGUCCCGAAAGGGUAUCUUGCAGUCUGCGUGGGGAAAGAGCUCAAGAGAUUCGUAAUCCCGAUGGAGUAUCUUGGACACCAAGCCUUUGGGGUUUUGCUGAGGGAAGCCGAAGAAGAAUUCGGGUUUCAACAACAAGGAGUGCUAAAGAUUCCAUGUGAAGUCGAAUUGUUUGAGAAAAUAUUGAAGUUGGUGGAAGAUAAAAGAGAUGUAUUCUUCUUUAUUAAUGAUCAUAUAAUUGAUCAUGCUGAUACCAUGAUGAGCUGUUAUUCACCAGAUUGUGACCUAACUUCACCAUCUCAUCACACUCAGAUGUGCAGAUGA